UGGCGUCACUUCCUUGCCCAUCCCUGAGGGAGAAAACAGAAAUAUCCGAGAAGAGCGCCGCCAAGAAAUUACGAGCGGAGGAAUAAACAGCACGAACGAGGAUUUACCGCGGAUAAAAGCAGACUCCGGUCAUAGGGGGGACACAUUUGAGGACGAACGGGGCUAAAAAGUACACAUUUAUCGAAUUCCAAUGCCUCUCCACAAGUCGGGCCGGGCUCACCGCCUGGAUCCCACCAUGAUCUCCGCCCCGCUGGGGGACUUCCGCCACACCAUGCACAUCGGCAGAGGCGGAGACGCCUUCGGAGACACAUCCUUCCUGUCCAACUGCGGUCCCUCCAACCCAGAGUCUGUGAAGUCCACACCAGAGUCUUUAGACUCAGUCCCGUCGCCCACGGCAACCACCAUCGACCCACCGGAGACAAGGCUGAGCCGUGAUGGCGAUGACAUUGUGACUUCGGAUGAGGCUCAUCCGCAGCUCCGUCAUUCCGAAUCAGUCUCGUCCUUCGACCUGGACCUGGACUUGGGUCCGUCCAUUUUGGGAGACGUUCUUGGAGUGAUGGACGGACUCGGGCUGGGCAGCGACUGGACGACAGGCAAGCAAGGCGAGGAAGUUUUUGGCUCCACCGCAGACGGAGGAGUGUUGCCGAUUGGCAUGGCGGACGAGCUAAACGAAGUGAACGGGGUCAAGUCCAAAGGCCUGAGGCCCAAAGUGCGGUUCAGCGACAAAAAAGAGGAAAUCAUCGGCCGGCAGUUUGGAAUUGGUGGCGGAUCCGAGGUGGAAAUUGAGAAGGAAAGAGAAACGAGCCCGGUUGGAGUUGCGGUUCAGAUGAGGGUUGAAGAAACGAUCAACAAAGAAAUGGCUAACAAAGAAAUGGCUAACAAAGCUGCGGCAGAAUCGACCAAUCACAGAGGAGAUCACAGCCCAAGCCCCUCCUCCUCAAUGAGCUCGGAAUACGAAGGCGUCUCCCCGUUGGACAGAAGGAGGGAGGAGGAAUCUGCUUCAGAGGAAGAGUGUGCGGCUGGGGAGCAGGGCUAUACGUUCGAGGACGAGUCUGACGAUGAGAUCGGCCUUUAGGAGAAACGGAUUGCAAUUUGCGGGGACCAAGCACCGAAAAGUAUGCGCGGAAGAAUGCUUUUCUAAUCAACAUUCCAUAAAAGGGAGAAAUAACCAAAGCUAAAAACGUUCUGUCCAAGAUGAAAAACUGGAUUUUGAUCAUCAGUAGGUUAUUAACGAGUUUACAAAUAUAAAGAGCCUCACAAUUAUGUUUCAAUGCUGCAAGCUCCAAUGGUAACCAGUGGUGUAGAAAUGGUGUAUGUAGGCUUGUGAACCAGUUUCUUACUAAGGUUAAUGCUUCAUCAUAUCAUGGGGAAAUGACACAGAAUUUUAUAUUAGUACUUCUUUUAAUCUUACUUUUAAUAUUUAAUGUUGUAAAACAGCCUUGAUAAGCAAUUAUUAUACUUUUUUUCAGGUUCACAUUUAUCGUAAAAAUAUAUAUAUAUAUAUAUAUACAUUGUUAAACUGGGAAACGUUGAACUCGUUAUUUGGGAAUUACUAAGGCUAAGUGGAAAUGGAGCCAUGGCUUACAUUGUAGUCUUGUGAAUAAAUUCACUGUUCAAUAAAUCAUCUCAGUACCAAAGUGGCUGGUUGAGACAAACAGUAGUGUGCCAUAAAUACAGUAAAAAUGACUGGUAAAAAUGUUUUAAUGACCUUUUUUUAAAGAAAUAUUAUGUUGAUUUUUGCCUCUGAAUAAUAUAUAGUGUAGUGCUGAACAAAAUUAUGAACAGCUCAUCGUUAACCCUUAGAAGUCACAGUUACCUUGUAAAAGCAUCCUGUAAUUUUAGAUGAAUUAUUUCUCACUCGUAGCUUAUUGCAAAAAGGUGAGAAAUUUUUAGAUUCUAUACCAGGGGUCUCAAACUCAAAUUACGUGGGGGGCACUAGGGAGUUGGUCUAGCCAACUUUCAGUUCUUUGUUAUCUUCAUCAAUUAUCAUCAUUAUUAUUAUUAUUAUCAUCAUUAUUAUUAUUAUUAUGCACUUUUUUGCAACCAUUUUCACAGGUUGCAGUUUUCAAGCUAGAAACACAAACCUUUGCCUAGCAACACCUUAGCAGACACCUGGGAUGCUACAGCAAUAGCCUAGCAACACCUUAGCAACCUCUGUUCAUGCCAUAGCAACUGCUUAGCAACCACCUGAGAUAUCACAGCAAUAGCCUAUCAACACCUUAGCAACCUCUGUUCAUGCCAUAGCAACUGCUUAGCAAUCACCUGGAAUAUCAUAGCAAUGGCCGAACAACACCCUAACGUCCACCUGGGUUGCUACAGCAAUGGCCUAGCAACACCUUAGCUACCAUGUGGGAUACCAUAACAACCAUCUAGCAAUAUCUUGGUGACUGUCUGGGCAAUGGCUUAGCAACACCUUAGCAACGACCUGGGAUAUUAUAGAAUCAGCCUAACAACACUUUAGUAACAACUUGGGAUACGUAGCAACAGCUUUAUCAAGCCAACGUAAAAUUCAUUCAUGAACUUUUCCCUUCUAGUUAGUAUUGUAGUAGUAAAAGGAGUAAAAAUACAGAAAGUGUUCAAUAAAUAUUUUCAUUUUCAAUUAAAUCAAGUAAACUUACAUUUAACAACAAAACUAUAUGGGGCUCUUAUUGUGACAGCAUUUCCAGCUGAACGCAAGUGAAGAGUUGGGAAAGUAGUUAAAUCUGCAUCCUCAGUGGAUUCUUUGGAAAAUUCCAUUGAUUACUUAAUUCUGAAUCUACUGCUGAGGCAUGAAUGAAUCUACGAGGGCAGAAUUAACUAUCAAUCUAAAUUAGAAUAACGUUAGAAUAGCAUCCUUUAGUUUCAGCUAAAUUACAGUGUGCAGCAUUUAUGCUACAUCAGGUUUUGUUUGAAUGGUUCCUGUUGGAUGCAGCACUUUAUUUUGCCUGUAACAUUGAAGCAAAUAAACCCAUCAGAUAUAAAUAUUUUGCUGCAGAAAAAUACAAAAAUAAGGAUAAAUUGCAAAUACAUGCCGUCGUUUGAGACCCCUGUUCUAAACCGUACUACCGGAAGAGUAUUUUUAAUAUUAUUUUUUUUUUUUAUCUGAUUUAAAGCGACUGUUUUGUUUGGCAGAAGGAAACAUCAUCCCUCACAUUACUGCCAUGAUUUUUAUCAUUUUUCUUCUAAAUCUACACAAAAUUGUCUAUUAAGUAUGAAUGUAACUCGUUAUUUUACACUAUAAAUAAUAGAUAAUUAACUGUGUAAUUGCGUCAUUUCAAAAGCAGAGCAAAGUGAAAGUAAUAACUCUGGACCUCUAAGGGUUGGCGUCCCAGUUUCUGGCUCAGUUACAGCCACGUGCAAAAGUUUGCGCGCCCCUGGUCAAAUUCCAUUUUCUAAGUGAAAGUAAGUUGAAAGUCUUCAUUUACAGAGAGAAAAUACUUCUUUAACACACAUUCAAAGCACCAUUGCUGUUUAUUUGCCUAAUUUAACAACAUAAAAUGUGGCCUGUGCAAAAGUUAUGGCACAUUUUAUAUUCUGUUUUUUUCCAACGUGUUUCCAAAUGAACAGAAACUGUGCACUAAAAUAAGCAGAGGAAUGUCGUAUACAUCCCUGUAGAACAUGUUUUAACUAAUUUUCACUCAGAAAAUCAACAGACUUUUGCAUAUGACUGUAUAGAGACUGUAUAUAUGUGUAUAUCUGUCUCAGUGGUUUCAAUUUAGAUUGGCCGACGUUGAAGAUAACAGUAUUAGCGAGUAUAUUAUGUCGUAAUUUAAAAACAUAGAUUUGCAAGUGUUGUAUAAAAAAGUCACAGGAGCCGAUUGGCUGAGCUGGUGCUGGUGUUGACCGGGGCAGUGAGUCCUGUGGAAUUUGGGCGUUCCUGUGUUAGUGACGAAAACAAUGGGUGGAAAAAACAGCGGGUGGAUGCCAUGCGUAUAGAUGCUUAUUUUUUUUGUUGUUGUUUUUUUCUUUUCCUCUUUCGAGCUCUGACUGACGGAGCUUUGUAGAUAGAGCUCAGAGCAUUUUACUGCUAGCGAAAGUAUUUGUAAUCUGAUCUGCUGUUAUUGGAGUUCAAGGUACACUGAGUGCAGAUAUGAGCUGUUAAAUGCUUUUACAUUGGCCUGUGUUGGUCCCCCCCCAGAAGUCUGAGGCCUCCGUUAAUCAGGCGGCUGUAGUGGGUGAUAAGAUAAACAUAUUACGUCACUUGAUAUUUUCAUAAUACAUGAUAUGCAUCUUGAUGUAUGGUUUUUCUGAGGGAUGUGAGCACAUUGGAAUGGACAGAAUGUGACAGCACAACGUCCAAAAAGGGCUAAAUAACUAUCAGUAAAGCUAUUAUUACAUAUUCAAUAUUUGCAAAUAAACUAGAGAAAAAGCAAACAACUGGUAAAAGUACUUGGCUAAAAUAUGAUGAUGUCAUAAUGGGCUGCCAUCCAAUCAGCUUCUUGUUGCUAUGCAGUUUAUACAGUUACUUUACACUGGUUGUUGUUUUCAGGCUCUAAAAUUGGUCUAAAUCUGUCUUUUUAUGACCCUCGCAGUUGGUCAGUGUACUAGGAGUGCUGAACAUACCCAAUGAAGAGUUUUGUGACA